AUGAAGUUAGCGAUUAUAUUAUUAGUAGCUGCUGUAGCUGCGGCUGCGCCUCAUACGGAAGUGAAGCAAAAUGUUUUCGAAAUUGACUCGGCUGCGUUUUCAGAAGCAUCCCCGGAAAGUCGCAACUUCCUCAUAAACCAGUUGAUUCGCCAAAUAAUCAAUAUCAUCCGCCUCUUCAUUAGCAAUGGAUCAGACCUCCUCGGUAUUCCUCCACUGGACCCUCUUGUGGUGGACAAUCUUCACUUAGUUGUGCCAGCUGGUCUCAUAAACUUAGAUCUACAAUUAGCCGAUGUAGCAGUGACUGGUCUUGGAGGCUUCGUAGUUCACAAGUCUAAUUUACUACUUUCAGACCUUUCUUUCGAUAUUGACAUCUCAGUUCCCCGUCUAAAUAUUUCAGCUGGACACUAUUAUCUCAUCGGUGAUCUCCUAACAGCUAUUCCUUUAUACGGAGACGGUAGAGCUGAAUUCAUCGUCGAAGGAUUCAGAUUUCAAGCUAAACUGUUUUUGAAACAAUCUACAGACAACGACCAAGCUACCAUUAUUGACAGAAUUGAAAAUUUAGCCUUCCAACUGCCACAUUUCGAGUCCAAGCUGACCGGAGUUAUCGGGGGUGGUGACAUUGACGGCAUCGUCAAUUCCGUUGUCGAAGAGGUCAUCAUCGACUACGUGAACCGCUUUCAUGGCGCUAUCUCCAAUCUCGCAAGCGACAUCGUCCUUGCUGUUCUUAAUCCCAUCCUGAACCAACUCAAUUCUUGGCCCUGGAUUGCAGCUAUUUUACCAAGACCCUAA